AUGCGCGGCACUUCGCCAAAUGUUUUCAAGUCGUUCAACGAUUCAAUCCGCGCAAAAUAUGGAAGGACAGAGAGUCAGACUUGCGCAGAUGAUUCGAGUUGUCUCGGCAUAACAAAGGGCUCUGUGGGGAUUUUCAAUUUUCACGGGAAAAUCGUGUCGGGCCAUCGUCCCCAGUGGGGAUAUGACAACAAGCUGGCUUUCACUUUCACUGAUGCAGGACGCUUGGAAGCUGAUGACGGCGAUUUUUUAGCUGUGCCAGCCGACUUGCUUGCAGCGGGGGUCCCGGUGUAUCUCAUUCGUGGGGCAGACAAGUUGUCCUGGCCCAAAAGCAGCCAUAGUGACCUUUUCCUCAUGGACAAGAAUGGAAUCAUCAGUCCGCAGCUUGCGCCCAAACUGGCUUUCGGCAUAGAUCAUGAUGUCACCUACACCUUCCGGCCCCGGAACCCUCAUGAAGCAUGCCUUCCUUGCCACCAACUUGCCCCAGAGUUAUUUGACAAGAUCCAGUGCGACGGAGGCACGCAAGUUCAAUCUGCUGCCGGCUAUAUGAUCCUCCAUACGCAAGGCAGUCGAAAGGUCCACGUCCACAAGUGCCCCAACAAGGCCGCUUGUCCCGGAAGCAAGCUAAGGCUCACGGCUGAGGGCCAGACGUCUUCUCGCAGCGUUUUGUGCGCAGAAGGCUACCAGCGCAGUCCAGGCUGUAUACUUUGCAGCCCUGGGUAUGGCCGUCCACCGCUGGACCCUUUCAUUUGCCAGGCGUGCGGCAGUGCAUCUCACGUGCAGCAGAUCAGUUUGGCCACGUUGGCCAGCGGCAUCUUUUUCGCCAUCGCAUUAAACUCAGCUAGGCCACGCCGUGGAACCCAGCAGAUCUUCAAGGUGUUCCUUGCGUUCUUAACGAUCUCCUGCCGCAGCCUCUCCGCUGUACCGUACACAUUGCAAUUCCAGCGGCUGAAGCAACCCUGA